UUUGGCACUGCUACUAUAUCUGUGAUUGGAAUCAAAACAAUGUCGCGUGUUUAUUAUAGCACGCGUUGCUAGAAAAUGCUAUAAACUAAUUGUAAAUGGGAAAUAUAGUGUUUGGCCACUCAGCUUUUGAAACCAUCUUUUAAAUUUACCAUGGUUGGAAUUUUAUGAAUGAACAAAAGAGAAACUCUAAAUGAAUGUCUGAAUGUAAAACUAGAAACAGUAAUUAAAAGUCGUCUGUUUGGAUAUUUUUGCCCCUUUGCUUUGGAUGCCUAUUUUCUCUUUCUCUGAAGCUCAGUUAUAUUUUCCAGUUCAGUGUUCUAGAAGCAUGUGCAAUUGGCCUUUCUGUUCCAUCAGGAAGUUUGUGAGAAAGUACCACACCUAACCCUACAGGUGAUGCAUCAGUUGCCAAUGUUAAAGGAUUUCUGAAUUGUGAUUGCUAAGAAAGUUGGAUUUUUUUUAUUCCAAAAAUACUAUUUGGAACUGUGAAGAGAUCUCAUUCUUUGGAACUUUUGUGUGGUAAACAUAUCCGUUUGCUUGUAGUUAAAUAUUUGAAUCAUCUCUGAUUUUACAAUGUCAGAAAAAUUAUCUCUUUUAAGUGACUCUUCAGACUCAGAUCUUGAUAUUAAAAUCAAUAAAAGUUAUGCUGAUAAUUAUGAUGUCUGGAGAAAUAAGGAAGAAAUGCAAAAGCUUAAAGAUCUCCAAAAAGAUAUCAGUGAGACUUCUUCAUCUGAAAGUGAAGAAGAAGUUCCAGAUAUUAAUGAUGAAGUUUUCCUAAAGAAUCUGAGUCUUCUAAAAAGUAAAGAUCCAAAGAUAUAUGAUGAGAAUACCAAAUUCUUUGAAGAAGAACAGGUUGAAAAAAAACCUAAAUCUAAAAAACCGAAACCAUUGUAUAUGAAGGAUUAUGAAAGGAAACUUGUACUGGAAAGACAUGGGCAGUUUAGUGAAGAUGAAGAACACAUUCCAGCUAAAGGUCCUACUUAUACAGAGGAACUGGAAGAAGUAAAAAAAAGUUUUAAAGCAGCUGUUGGAAGUUCUGAUGAAGAGGAAGAGGAUGAUGCAAGUGAUUUACUGCAAGUCCGUCAGAAAACUGAGAAAGAAGAGGAAGAUGAGGAGGCUGCUUAUUUAAAAUGGUUGAAAGGCCAAGAAAAGGAGGUACCAAAAGAUAUUAAGAAAGAAAUGUCUUUUUUGAGGAAGUUUUGGAAUGAUCCAAACCUGGAUGAAAAUGAGAAAUUUUUGAGAGAUUUUAUUUUAGAUAAGAAAUAUAAAGAAGAAGAUAAAAAUGAUGAGAUUCCUACUUAUGAAGAAAUUACAGAUAUUGCAAUGCUCAGUGAUGAUGAAAAAGAUAUGCAAAAGCAAGAAUUGUUUGAACAUAAGUAUAAUUUUCGGUUUGAAGAGCCGGAUUCAGAAUUCAUUAAACGCUAUCCAAGGACAAUAGGAGAUUCUCUCAGACGUGUUGAUAAUAAAAGAAAGAAGAAGCGUGAAGAAUACGUUGAAAGGAAAAAAAAGGAGAAAGAGCAGAAAAGAGAAGAAUUAAAACGUUUAAAAGCUUUAAAGAGAAAAGAACUUGAAGAAAAAUUUUUAAAGUUGAAAGAAGUGUCUGGACAAGAUGAAUUGAACCUUGAUGAAAAUGAUAUAGAGAGUGACUUUGAUCCUGAAAAACAUGACCAGAAAAUGAAAGAGCUCUUUAAUGAUGAUUAUUAUGCUGUUCAAGAAGAAGAACGUCCAAAUUUUCCAUAUGAUGAGGAACUUGAUAAUGAAGAUUGGGACCAUUGGACUGGACCAAGUAAAAAUGAUGAGUGUGGAGAAGAACAGCUUGAAGAAAGUGCUUCUGAAGAAUCAGAUGUUGAGGUUACAAAUUCUAAAAGUGAUUCUAAAUCAGAGUUUGAGAAAGAAAUGAUUGAGUCAACUCACACAGGAAGGAAAAAGGUUAGAAAGAAAUCUUUAUUCGCUAAAGUAGUUUCUAAACCUAAACCAAUUUUUGAUCCUGAUGGCAAAACAUUUGAUGACUACUUGGACGAGUAUUAUAGGUUAGAUUAUGAAGAUAUAAUUGGUGAUAUGCCAGUCAGAUUCAAAUAUAGGAAGGUAGUGCCAAAUGACUUUGGACUGACAGUUGAUGAAAUUCUUACAGCUAAUGACAGAGAAUUAAAUCAAUGGUGUUCUGUCAAAAAAACAUGCCAAUACAGAAAUGAAGAUGAAGAACUUUAUGAUGUGCAGGCAUUCAAGAAAAAAGCACAAAAUAUGUCCACAAAGCAAAAGGUUUUAGCCAGUGUGUAUUCAGAACCUGAUCAAAAAGAAAUAGAACCAGCAUCCAAUAUAAAUAAUAGAAAGAAGAAAAAAUCUAAGAAAAAGAAGAAAAAUUUGGAUAAAAACAAUGUUGAAGUAUCAUGUUUGAAUGAAAAAAAUGAUGUUCCCUCAACUUCUGAAGUUGGUGAAGUCAGUUUUGAGAAUGAAAAUACUAGUAAUAAAAGGAAGAAAAAAUCUAAGAAAAGAAAGAAAGAUUUGUGUGAAAAUAAUGUUGAAACAUCUGCUUCAAAUGAAGAACAUAAUAUUUCUUCAAUUAAUGAAACUGGUGAAAUUAGUUCCGAAAAUGAGAGUAGUAGUAGAAAGAAAAAGAAAAUCAAAACAGAGAAUAAUCAAAAUAAUUCCAAAAAAUGUGAAUCUGUGCCUGUUUCAUCAAAUGAAAAAGAAGAAACUGAAACUUCAUUUGCGAAUGGGGACUUAAAUGAUGAGAAAAAUCAGAAUAACACAAAAUCAUCGAAACGAAAACGUAAGAAAAAGAAAAAGUUUCAUCAGCAGUCUGAUAAUGUAUUAUUUAAACAGAACAUUUCUCAAAGAAAUCAUUCUUCUAAUAAAAAAGGACAUUUUGAGCUGCCUGUAGGAGACAAAAGACUUGCUGUAUCAGAUGAAAGGUUGGCUGCAUAUGGUAUCAAUCCAAAGAAGUUUAAGAGCAAAAUAAUAUAUUCCCAAAAAUAAUUCAUUAAUAAAUUCUUUUAUUCUAUAAGCUC